UUCUUAAGGAAAAAGAUGGAAACAAUGGGUAAAGCUGCAACCGCCAUUGUUACACUUGUGAUCUUGAGGUGGGGAUGGAAAUUACUGAACUGGGUAUGGUUGAAGCCAAAGAAACUAGAGAAGUGGCUGAGAGAUGAAGGGUAUAAAGGUAAUCCAUAUAAGCUUCUAAUGGGUGACAUGAUAGAGUUUGCUACAACUGUGAAGGAAGGUAAAUCAAAGGCCAGUCCAAUCACCCAUGAUAUCACUUCCUAUGCUCUCCCCUUUGAUCAUCAUAUCAUCUCCAAAUAUGGUGAAAAAUCCUUCAUAUGGUUGGGGCCAACUCCAAGAAUGUAUAUCAGGGAUCCAGAGUUGAUAAAAGAGAUAUUAUUAAGACCAGAUGAGUUUCAGAAGCCACAUCCCGAGCCGUUUCGAGACAGCAUCGUCCGUGGACUUCUUGUCACUGAGGGCGACAAAUGGAUCAAGCAUCGUAAAAUCAUCAAUCCAGCUUUUAAUCUUCAAAAUCUCAAGAUCAUGUUCUCGGCUAUCAGAUUAAGUUGCAGUGAUAUGAUCCACAAAUGGGAGCUUCUAACCGCAGGAUCCGGUCCUACAGAAGUUGACGUAUGGCCAUAUAUCGAUAACUUGGCUGGAGAUGUGAUUUCACGAACGGCUUUUGGUAGCUCUUAUGAAGAAGGGCAGAAGAUAUUUCGAAUCCAAAAGGAACAAAUCGAUCUUAUAUUCCGAAUGCUUUUUAUACUUCAUCUUCCCGGAAGAAGGUUUAUACCGACCCAAGCGAACAAGAAGUUUAAUGAAAACGUUAAAGAGCUUCGAUCUGUAUUGAUGGGAAUAAUCAACAAGAGGAAGAGAGCUAUUGAUAUUGGAGAAGAUAAACAUGAGGACUUACUAGGAAUCUUGCUAGAAUCAAACAAGAAGGAGAUUGAAGAACAUGGAGUUGGAAUGAGUAUGGAAGACGUCAUCGAAGAAUGCAAAUUAUUCUACGUCGCUGGAUCUGAAACAACUUCGAAUUUGAUUGUCUGGACGAUGGUUUGUUUGAGUUUACAUCAAGAAUGGCAAAUGCAAGCUCGAGAAGAGAUUGUUCAGGUUUUCAGUAACAAAGAACUUGAUUUUGAAGGUUUAAAAAAUCUCAAGAUUUUGACAAUGAUAUUAAACGAGGUUCUUAGGUUAUAUUCACCGGUAAUCAUGAUUACACGAGCGACCCACAAGGACACAAAGCUUGGAAACAUGACGAUACCUCCGGGUGUGAAUUUAGCUUUAGCCACGAUGCAUGUUCAACACGAUCGUGAGAUAUGGGGGGACGAUGUACAUGAGUUUAAACCUGAAAGAUUUGCUGAUGGGAUUGUUAAUGCAACGAAGGGCAAAGGCUCGAGCCCUUUCAUCCCGUUUUCUAGUGGUCCUCGUGUUUGCAUUGGACAAAACCUUGCGAUGGCAGAAGCGAAAACCGCAAUCGCAAUGGUUUUGCAACGCUUCUCAUUUGAGCUUUCGCCGUCUUAUAAACAUUCUCCGUUUCCAGUGUUCACUGUUCCACCUCAGUUUGGUGCUCACUUGAUUCUACAUAACCUCUCAUGAUUUUUAACGUUUAUGUAUGCACUGUAUGUAUAAAUAAUAAUACUAUAUAUGUAAGUUAUCUUAGUUUUUAUUAUUUAUAUAUUUGAUUAUUUUAUGGGGAGGAA